AUGGCGAUGUUUUCAAAGCGCCUGAACUGCUUUUAUUGCGGGACGCGCUCCUCCAAAUCCAUUCGAGACUCGAUCGACAAAUUUCACUGCGAUUCCUGUGAUGCCGACAACUUCCUCGACAAGAAUGGCGAAAUAACCGAUCCUCCUACUGAAAUCACCAAUUCCAAGGUCCAAGGUGACGGCGCAUCGAGCCAGGGACUUAGGUCGAAUGUCCACGAGUCCGGUGUAUUUUGCUCCCAAUGUCUUCGAAACCAGCAUCUGUUUACCAGCUCCCUAGCUGGAUUCGUUCCGGAAAAUGACGAUAAAUUGGAUCCUCAAUUUGACUCGAACUACGAAAGUUAUCGCCGAGAACUCGAGAAUCUUUAUCCUCAAGUCUGCGAAACCUGUGAACCUCGCGUGAAGCAGCGGAUUCGAGAGGCCGGAUACGAGGCGAAAGCAGACAACCUACGACGUAUGAUGGACCAAACCCGUGCCUUCAAGAACGAGCAACGAUUGCGACGGCAUAGCUGGCAGAGCCUUGUUGUUUAUCUUGGUGCCCUGGCUUACUGGAUCAGCAUUCUUGGCCAACUUGCCUGGGACGCCCUUAGUGCCUUGACUGUUUACCCGGCGGAGGAAAAUAUUGAUAUUUCUAUCGAUGCCCCGGUCUCUUUCAUGUCUGUGGUACCUUGUGUACGCAAAAUGAUUGAACUGCGGGGCAUACCACAGGAAUGGUCUUACAAUUUGGCCCCUACCGCAGGCCUUGCGCUUAUUGCAGGGUGCCUUUCUAUAUGGUGGAACCCGAAGAUACGCAUGAAGAUAUAUGGAAGGCUUGGCAGAUUCUAUGGCCUCGGAGAGUACUACCAGUUGCAGCUACUAUCUUUAGUGCUGCGGUGCGUAUUCUGGUCCCUGUUCAAAGAUCCAUCUGCAAGUGGAAUAGACUCUAAGGGAUCAUUUGUCGGGCAUAUUGUUAUGGCCGGCAUUACCAUUGUCUGUGUUAUUGCUUCUCGUCAUGUUGUCAAGUACGACCGUCGGACCGUGGUGGAUUGGUCGGACAAUUCCUGGGAAAAUGCACCACUGUGUAGCCCUUCUUCAUCCCCUCCUCCGGCUCAGCGUCGAUCCCCGAACCCAGAAUUGACACCGAGAGCAACCAAUAAUGGGAUUCGUGAACCUUUUCCGAUUUCCCGGUUGACUUCCCCCCAGUCUGCAGUGACAAAAUCCUCUGCAUUUCCUACUCCCCCUCCAGAUGGAUCCGACGACAUGGACUGGACUCCUUCUCGAUCUCAUGAUAUCCGGCCAGAGGUCAGCCUUUACCAGCGGGACAAACCAUCGGUUUUUGAUGGCCCAACCCCAUUUUAUGGCAGCAUCCCGACCGUGUCAAAACCCCCCUCGUGGGAGCUACGCACACGGCCCUCAAACAAACCUGUUGAUCAGGUUGUACAAAGAAACCCAUUUCACCGUAGCCCGACCAACUCGCCAACGUCAUGGCAACACAAGUCUGCCACAACCACGCCGGUGUUCAAAGACCCAACGUUCUUCCCAACCACCGAUCAUGAAUCCACUGGCUUAGAGACUCUAUUUGAUCGAGCUUUCACUAUCGACCCGAACAACACCUCUCGAAGGAAUGAAGAACACCAGCCACGUCAUCGCACAUCCCCUCCCUACCGCAUACAGGGCCAGGCAAUGUGGCAAGUACUCAGAUUUCUCUUCCUUUUAUCUUCUAUUGUCGCGUGGUCCCUUUCUCAGAACCGCAUAUUCCUGAUACACGGAAACUACAUUGAAACUAUUGCAUUGGGAAGCGCAAGCCUUAUAGCAGGGCUUGGUUUUCUUGAAGCCGUCAAGAGACCCAUUGCCGAGUGGAGUGGGUUAGAACUCCUUGUUAAUGUCACUGAACUCAUUGUGGCUGUUCACCUCGGGGCACAUAUGCCCAAAACGUUCCGUGACCGUGAGUUGUUUGAUCGAUAUGGCAAGCUUCUCUUGAUUUUUAUGGCCGUGCAAGAAGUCAUGGGAUUGCUAGCAUUCUAUCGCACCCAGGCAACUCCUGCUAAGUCUGCAGAAGAGACACAACCAAGCCCUGCUUCUCCGUUCGGGUCACCGCAGUACGAAAGACCUCAACUCGAGGCCCCUGUUUACUCCCCAACUAGCUCUACAACGGCACAUUCCCCUACUCUAUACUCUGCGCACAAUCCUUUCAGAUCACCCCCUCCUCUUUCAUUUGGCACUACUGCUGGAUCGGCCAGCUUCUCCAGUGCACUUCCAUAUUCAUCGCUCUCGUCACAGGGCCUACGCUCCGCAAACCCAGUACACAGCCACAAUCCCCACAGCUUCACCAUGCAAUCCCUCAAGGAAAACGAGCCCUCAGAUUACGAGCAGGACUCUGACGGGGAAACCGUUGCCACCUCUGCCACGGGUUGGACAAACACUACCAACCAAAACAUUCGUUAUGGGCAUCGUCCUGGCACUGCCCAAAGCAAUGACAUCUUCUUCUCUCCUCGCCGGAAUCAGCUUACUCCCGGUCUUGGGGGUCUGAGUCUAGAAGACGGCCCAAAUUCUCGCCGCAUGACCCGCAGUCAGACCCAGCAGAGCCUCAAUGCACGGGGCAUUUCUUCUCGCGCUACCCCUACCCGAUGGUAG